UUGUGCCAGAGUGGGGCCUCUCUGGUCUACUUGGCCACACGCGACUGGGACUGUUACCAUAAGAUGGACGAUAUUUUGACUGAGGACGAUUUCGACGACUUCGCUGCAGCUGUAGGCGAAGGAGGGGACGGCGGUAGUGAGGAUGAUGCAAGGUCGGAUGACUUUCUGAGUUGGCUCCUCGUGCACGCGGACAGCAUCGAUCCGAAGCUCGAGGACUGCGUCAUCGGCAGCGACGGGUCCGAAGUUGCUGCUCCUGCUCGUGCCGCUGCAGUCGGUGGGGCUGCUGCUGGCCCUGUCGCUGACAGUGGUGCUGCGGCCGCUGACUACAGAAUGUUUGCAGCAGCAGCAGCACCCGAAGUAACCGCACCCACGACCGGAACAGUGGCUGCUGCUGCUGCUGCUGUCGCAACCAGGCCGCCAGGAGGCAGUGGUAACACCAGAGAUACCACGGCCUCUGGCGCUGACCGAGUCGGCAAGGAAGGGGGCGCAGGAGACCCCUCUGGUGGAGAUGCUGCCUUCGGGGUAGGAGCGGUUGGGAUUGACUCUGCACCAGAGGAAGGCGUGUUGCAAAGCUCGUCAUUGGCGACCGUCGGGAGGAUACCGUCAGACCCGGUCUUGGCGAUGCAAAUGGGGGCUCAGAUGGCCUUGUCCGGUAAUCUCGGCCUUAUUCCUUUCGGAGCGUCAAUGGGAACCGGAGGGAUUGCUGGAGCUAUUAGCGGUACGCCCACGGCAGGAGCGAAACCUACGGCAGCGUCAACGCAAGCGCAACAUCCUUUGAUCGCCCCGCCAGCCGCGCUGCCUCCCGCGGCAGGGGCAAUGGCAGCGGCAACAGCAGCUGGCCCCUCGGCGUCCGUCCCGCCUCUCGGUGGUCUUCCCGCGUGGACAGGGCUCCCGCAUCCGCCUCAAUGGCUGAAAAAAGAAGAACAUCCCCAAGGUGUUCCCCCCUCGCACAAAACUAACAGCAGUAGCCGCGGUGUGGAGACCCCGGGGGUGACGGGAGCGGGGUCCCCGAAAGGAGCGGGGUCGGCGCGGCAGGCGGUAGGCGUGGACGCGGGGGCGUACAGCGGCGGGGAGGGGAAGAAGAGACCAAGAGCCGAUGGUGCCGCCCAGACCGCCAAGACCGAAGAGACGAGGGCGAGAGCUCGCGACACUUCCAAAGACGGUCGGAAGCGGAAGAAGAUGAGCCUCGGGGAGCUAGAGGAGCGCGUGAAGCAAGUUUCGGAGGACAACGGCCAACUGAAACUCCACCUAUCGAACGUGAACGACAAGCUCAUGCUCAUGGCCAGCAAGAAGAAGCUCAUGGAGGCGGAGAUAGCGGCCAAACUUGAGGCGCAGCGCUCUCACCCGAGCGACUCGAACCAGGCAAGCCUCGCCGAGGCCCUGUCGCGCUUCAAGGACCUCUAUGCCGACUACGGCAAGCAGCGGAAGCAAGAAGUCGAAUUCCACCUGAGGCAGCUCGAGAGGCAGAUCGUGCCCACAGACACAACCAAGAUGAGCCUGUGGACUCUGGAGCAAGACGAGUCCUUUUACAAGGACCGGAAGCGGGGCAGCCUCAGUCUUAUUCUCCGCGCGGAAUUGGGACGAGGUGGCGUUCCGGUGCCUGGGAGUCGUGCACCCCGUGACCCACGCGGUGGGCAACACGUUCAAGCGCGUGUUCCUGAUCGCGACGUC